AUGUCUAUACUCAGUUCUUCACAUACUAUGCGACCUACCACCCUAUCACGAGCAUUUAGGCUAAACUGCCUCAAGCCUCGUGCGCUAACUAGCACACCGCGGAGAUACUUGACCAUGUUGAGUCCUCCUAAGUUUGAAAAUGAAAAGAUGCUUGACUAUGCCAAAGGCUCUUCAGAAAGAGCUGAGUUGACCAAAGCCAUUCAAAGGCUCAAAAGUCAAUUCCCUAUUACAAUUCCUAUUACAAUUAAUGGAUCAGAUAUCGAAACAAAACAAUCUCGCUCUCAACCAAACCCCUCAAGGCACCGUGAGAUUGUCGCAAACUAUGCCUCCGCCACCCCAGAGCAAGUGAAUGCCUCCAUAGAUGCAGCGCUCGGCGCCAAACCGGCCUGGGAGGCGACCCCUUUCGAGGAUCGGGCUGCCAUCUUCCUCCGAGCCUCUGAAUUAAUCACCGGCAAGUAUCGUUCAGAUAUUGUCGCAGCCACAAUGCUUGGCCAAGGAAAGAACAUCUGGCAAGCAGAGAUUGAUGCCCCCGCGGAGACGGCAGAUUUCUUCCGCCACUAUAUUCAAGAAGCCUGGGCUUUGUACUCUCAACAGCCUCGGGUUCACCUCGAUGGUAACUGGAAUAAGAUGGAGUAUCGCCCGCUAGAAGGAUUCACAUAUGCCAUUGCUCCUUUCAACUUCACUGCGCUCGGUGCAACGCUCAUUGGACCUGCCGCAUUACUUGGCAAUGUUGUUAUCUGGAAGCCAUCUGAUUCUGCUCUACAUGCUAGCUGGUUACUUUACCAGAUUUUGCUUGAGGCUGGACUCCCAAAGGAUGUUGUCCAGUUCCUGCCUGGCGAUGCAGAGCAAAUCACCAACACUAUCCUAAAGAGACCUGAAUUCGGAGCUCUGACUUUCAUCGGUGCCACCUCUACGUUCAAAGGGAUUCAAAAAAAGAUUGGUGACGGUAUUGGUGCGGGAAUCUACAACUCUUACCCUCGCGUAGUCGGUGAGACUGGUGGCAAGAACUGGGGUGUCGUUCACCCAUCCGCGGAUGUCAGAAGCGCUGCGCUGAACACAAUCCGCGCAGCCUUUGAAUACCAAGGUCAGAAGUGCUCUGCCAACUCACGUGUUUAUGUCGCCGAGUCUGUCUGGCCAGAGUUCCAGAAAGUUCUUGCAGAGGAAACCGCCGCGCUGAAGGUUGGCGAUGUCGAAGACUAUGGCAAUUUCAUCAACCCUGUGAUUCAUGAACGCUCGUUCGAUAAGCUUAACAAGUUCAUUGAGGAUGCCAAGACUGAUUGUGAACUUGAACUUCUCGUUGGCGGCAAGGCUUCUAAAGAAGAGGGUUAUUACGUGCACCCCACCAUCUACCGGACGACAAACCCCCGCCAUGAGAUCAUGUCGGAAGAGCUGUUCGGGCCUGUUCUGGGUGUCUAUGUUUACCCCGAUGCUGAAUGGGAGCAGACUCUCAAGCUGGUUGACACUACAUCUCGCUACGCAUUGACUGGCAGCAUUUUUGCAAAGGAUCCGUAUGUCAGCCGCCAUGCACAGACUGUUCUCAAGCACGCAGCUGGCAUGCUUUACUUGAAUACCAAGUGCACUGGCUCAACUGUAGCUCAGCAGCCAUUUGGCGGCAGUCGAGAUUCAGGCACGAAUGACAAGACCGGCACUAUGGCCCAUCUGCAGCGAUUUGUUAGCACUCGCACGAUAAAGGAGGAGUUUGUACCCUUGGAGAAAGUCACAUAUCCUUCGAAUGAGGUUUAA